UGGGGGCUUCGGAGGAGGGGGAUCGACACCACCACCACUACUAUCAUGCCUUCCACUGGCACUUCUACCCACCACCGCUCCCAUUCGAGCUCCAGGGCCGCUACAUCCGACGACGCGCCGAAACGCGCUCGCACGGCACAGGCAUGCAUCAAUUGCCGUCGGCGGAAGCGCAAGUGCACGCCAUCCGAAAACCCGAACAACGCGACAUGCACCCGCUGCGAAUCACAGGGCCUUGUUUGCGAGUUCCCCGCCCCCGACGCAGACGAGGUAGCGCUGGCGCUACAUCUCCAGCUUUACCCACCGCCUCUCCCGCCGGUGGCCGCGGGAUAUCCGCGCGCGGCGCCGGCAUUGACAUAUCAGCACACUUUCGACAUGCCAUACGCCGCGGCGGCAUGGCCUCAUGUCGCUUACGGCAACAGUUUGCCGUACACCGGCCCGCCACCGGCGCACACGCGGCCGCGAUACUCCGACGGAACGCCAUAUCCGAAUCUCGCGCUGACGCCCGGCGUGGCGGCUCCUUUCAACACCCAAGAAGGAUAUGACGAUUCCGAGAUAAGUUACGCGUACGGCACUGAUGCCUUCCCGCCGUCGACGAGGCCGGAGUAUUGCACCCCGAAUGCCAGGUAUUGA